AUACUAAUAACCUUUAUGAAACAGAAAUCUAUAAUACUUCACUUUUUAAAGAUCAAGAUAUUUCUGAUAAUAAUAUGGUUACAAAUAUUGCUACUACAAGCAGUAAUACAAAUAUUGAUUUUAAUGUUCCUGUUACAUUAAAUAAAAAAAAAACCAGAUCUAAAAUUUCUGAUAUUAGAUCUUAUUUUAAACCAAAAACUACUGAUGCUAAGGAGAUAAAUUGUAAAUUUUGCCAAACCCUAUUUAGUAAAACUACUGAUACAAGUAAUUUGCACAAGCACCUUGAUUCUCAACAUCUAGUUAAAAAAAUACGUAACUUUGUUAAUGUUAUUUCAUCAUCAUCAUCUAUAACCCAGGAUUUUAAAGAACUUGAACAGUCAGUUGGUGAAGCCUAUAUAACUAUGCAUACAACAAUUGUUGCAGUUAUAAGAUAUAAUAAGAAUCUUACCAAAUUUAAACUUACACCACAAGAAGAAACUAAUCUUCAAGUUACAACACAGUUUCUUAAACUAUUUUACGAAACAACUAAUAUUCCUUCUAGUAGCAAUUAUAUAACUUUAAAUAUUGCUAUUUUACUAAUUGAUGAUAUUGUUGAUAAUAUCUUAUUGUGUAUCCAGAAUCCAGCAAGUCCCAAAUUUCUUAAAGAAGCCGCAACUCAAAUGUUUAAAAAAAUUCAAAAAUAUACUAAUGAAAUCUAUGAUAAAACAGCAUUUAUAGCUGCUAUUCUUGAUCCUUAA